AAUUGUUGACUAUAAAACGUAAAACCUCUUGACUUUACGCCAUUCUCUCAUCGCGGUGGUGCAGCUCUACAACCUCCAAGUCUCGAACCUUCUUCCGUCGCCGUUCGCCGUAACCGCCAUGGACCCUCAACCGGAGCCAGUUAGCUACAUCUGCGGAGAUUGUGGAAUGGAGAAUACGCUGAAGCCUGGUGAUGUUAUACAGUGCCGUGAGUGCGGUUACCGUAUCCUUUACAAGAAGCGCACUCGUCGCAUUGUCCAGUACGAAGCUCGCUGAAGAAAGCUGCUGCAGUUUAAGCACGUGAUGUCCUGAAUCAUCGUAAACAUGUACUGGAAUUGUUGGAGCACCUUCUACCUUGUGCUUGAUUAUCUGAUAUCUACUAAAUUGAGGAACUGUGAAAAGAACUUUGAAAUAUGUGAAUGUAUUACAAAUAUGCAAGUUCAUUAGUUUGAAACUUUGCAUUGCUUUUAUGGUUAAAGAAAUUAUUAGGUUCAGUUAUUAUAA